GCCUGAAAGUGUGGAACAUUUUACCCUGCUCUUCGCGCAACUGUCCCUCUCUCUCACGACUACAAGAGCCCCAUUCCUUCUCACUCUCAGGUUCGUCGGCGUCACUCAUCUUCAGCGCCACCGCCACUCCUCGCCGACUCGACCUCCACCAUCGUCGGCUCCAACCAUCGAUUAUCGAUUCCACUGUUUUUUUCUUUUUUCAGUCCAAUCAUUCAGUUCAUUAUCCUCCAUCACCGGCUCCACCUCCACCGUCGUCGACUAACCCACCGAUUCUCAUAUCUGGAUUUUUUAACCGCUGCGUUGGUUUAUCGAUUUGGGUUUUUUGGCUGGUUUGUGGGUUGAAGGAUGAUGUAGGACUGUAUUAAUUGUUCCUGUUUCCAUUCAAGUAGAGUACAUGAUGGGUGCAGUUUUUCUGGGCAUGCCAGGACCAUGGGCCACUGAUCAUUGUGAACUAUCUGAUCAUUAUACAACCAAAAUUGGUGGAUUGCCUGAUUGGCCUCUUCCUAAAGAGGCUGUGAGACCCAAUCUGCUUGAGUGUAGUGCAUGUGGAAGCAAACUCUGUCUUAUUGCACAGGUUUAUGCCCCAAUUUCAAGUAAAAGUUUAGAGAUUGAAGAGCGUGUUCUUUUUGUUUUUGGUUGUGUGAUGCCAAAAUGUGGGACCACUGCCCUUAGCUGGCAAGCUCUUCGUGUUCAGAAGUCAUCCAAUACAGAUGAAUCACCUACCACCUCUCAGGAAGUGGUGUCUUCACCUGCACCCUCUGUUUCAGUUUCAAAUACCAGCUGGUUGGAGGGUUUCGAUGAUGAAAAUGGUGAAGAAAUGGAUCUGGAGGAAUUGAGUAAGGCACUCUCUGAAGCUGCAACCUCGGCUUCUCAGUCCAAGAAACCACAGAGUAAACACCAUUCUAUGUCUAAUGCAAAGCCCACACCUGUAAGCCCAAGAACAAGUAUGAUGGACUCCAGCACACCAGUGGUGCCUUGCUUUUAUAUUUAUACUCAGGAAGAGCCAUCCUCGAGGGAUUUUACUUCAAUGUGUUCAACUUACUCAUCACUUUCCAUCAGGGAGAAUGGUAGUGAUGCUGAGGAUCAUGGAAAAGAAGAAGCUUGGGCAGAGGAACAAUAUGAAUAUGAUAAAGCCUUGACUGCUGAUAGGACUUAUCUUAAAUUUAAGAAACGAUUGGAUGCAUACCCAGAACAAUGUUUCAGAUACUCAUAUGGUGGGAAGCCACUUCUAGCUGCUGCAGAUGAAGGAAACCUUGGGAAGUGCAGGCUUUGUGGUGGAUCAAGGCACUUUGAAAUGCAGCUAAUGCCGCCAUUAUUAUAUUUUCUAAAUGAAGCAGUUGAUGAUUGUCAAAGACAGUUGCUGGAGAAUUGGGACUGGAUGACACUCAUUGUAUAUACUUGCUCCAAGAACUGUUCUCAAUUGUUCGAUCAAGAUUCUGACACCGGGGGCUGGAUUGUGGCAGAGGAGGCUGUUGUGGUACAAUGUGAUAAAUCCUUGGAUGAGUCAGCUCAACUCAGAUAUUUCUCAUGAUCUGUAUUAUUAAUUCAAAGAAAAAAAAUGAACACCAAAUUUUGUCCCACUUGCAAGUAAAUUGCCUGUUUGUGAACUGCUCAUAUAUAUUAGGAAUCACCAAGGAAAAUUUGUAACAUGGCUAUGGAUGGGGUGUGUUUUUUUAUUACAGAAACGAGUGAAGAUAUAUUCAUUGAUUUAGGAAAGAAUCACAAGGGGUUU